AUUUCUAAUUUUGGAGUUUUAUAAUUCUCACUUUUCUAGUAAAAGUAAUUAAAUCUACGAUCUGCAGCGAAGCUUGAUUCAACACUCUUCUGCGAAAAAUGUUACAAACGAUAGCCUGCCCAACCCAUCAACCCAGUACUUUUCAAGUUUCGAUUUUAGAAAAAAAUUGUUGUUUAGGUUUAAAUACCGACUCUACCGUUCAAAGCUAAGUCUCAGAUUCUCUGUGAUUCAUAAGGGGUUGAUCGAAGCUGAGGCUCUUCGCAUUAACCAAAACGAUGAAAUUAUUAAUAAGAAUUUCUCCUUUAUUCAUCGCUGGACUUCUGUCGCUCUGUGCGGGACAGUUGGAGCUGGAUGAAAGGUUCCUGGAGUACAGGAAAGAUGGCAUGUGGCUUGUGGAGUUCUACGCGCCGUGGUGCGGCCACUGUAAGAAACUGGAGCCCGUGUACCGUGAGGUGGCCCAGGAACUGCACAAACUGGGCAGCGCGGUGCGGGUCGGCAAACUGGACUGUACCCGCUACUCCCACGUGGCCUCCGAGUUUGCUGUGAGGGGAUUCCCCACCAUCAUGUUUGUCCACGGAGACCGUACGUUCACGCACAGAGGAGAUCGCACAAAGGAGGACCUCAUUGAGUUUGCCUUGAGAGCUCAGGGACCCACUGUGAGGAAACUGAGCAGUAUCGGGAAACUGAACGAGGCUUUGGGCCAGCACACAGACACAGUUUUCUUUCUCUACAUCGGGGAGGACGACCAGUACAGUGAUUUCUAUAGGAAAUAUGCUGAUGUAGCGGAGGCCCACGCCAUCCACGCCUACUUCUACUCCGGCAAGAAACACAUUCUAGAUACCAGGAAGACGGAAAGAUUUCCAACUCUGCUGGUAUUCAAGGACAAUCAUUAUUACGAAUACUUCC